AUGAAUGACCUCAACUGUAACGGCCUCAACGCCACGGAGUGCCUUUUACGCGUCACCACCAGUAUACUCGAACAGCUAAAGGAAGAUAGCAGCGAGUUCAACUGGGAUCCCGCUAGCUUCGUCGUCACUCUCGUCAUCGGUAUCAUUGCAGCUGCCUUUGCGUUCUUUGCCAUUAUUCAAGGGUUCUUGGCUGCCGGUCCAGGCAGACAUAAAUGUAGCAAAUAUGCUAUUGGUACUUGGGCUAGUAUCUCCAGGCGCAAGUUCGACUGGUCUGAACUACGAUAUCGCUCAAUCGCUCAUACCCCUAUCAUCAGCAUUCAAGACCUGGUCCUCAAAAUGGGAUUACAAACAAUUGACGGAACCCAUCACAUGGAGUGGGAGUGGAGAGACAAUGGUUCUGGAUGCUGGAAUCAGGAUCGACUCUUUCCAAAACUCAAGCACGUCACAAAAGAAGACUCUGAUUAUUUCCCUGCAACAUGGCUUCGCCUUUUAACUCAUACCGGACUGCAUCAUCCAGAGUUAUGGAGAACAAAUCCACAAGGAACAGACUACUUACCGUCUGACUUGGCAGCUGCUCCUGCAUAUUCAACUGUCGCUGAUUUAAUAAGCAUUGCAUCCAUCACUGCUGGCAAGAUACGAUUCAACUCAUUCGGUCACGGUACCGCAAAAGAUGCUUCCAUGCGAGGCGAAUACAUGGAUCUCAAUUUCCGAAGCCAUCCUCUUCUGGGUGUGUAUGCUGUAAUUGAUCAAGCUAUUCCAUCUGGCAACGACAUUUUCGAGCGUCAUGAUAUGGGGAGAUACCAUCGCCCAUCCGCACAGAAGCUACUAGUCAAAUUAGCGUAUGGUCAAGGAUUCCUGCUUAGCGUUCAACAUCUCCAGGCUGAUAGGGAAUAUGAUCCCGCCUCUAUGGACUUGAGACUGUGGUCUGCCGAGAGGAUGAAGAAUUUUUUUACAUCUUUAAUCAACAACGUAUAUACGUAUCGAUGUGAUUGUAGAACAAGCGUUUAUUCACAAGAACACGAUGCCAGAGAUCACGGAGAAGUGAUGUUCGAAUGGUGCCGGGCUAAAAGGGUUCAAGACAACCGUUCCCUAACUUGGGCGCCUGAUCCUUUGCUUCUUGGUGAAGGAGAUGUAUCAAUACUUGCAGCUGCUGUGCCACUCACAAGAAUAAAUCUUUUCCCAAAGAAGCUGGCUAGAGUUGGUGACAAAUUUAUCUUUUUGGUAAUUCUCAGUCGCUAUUGCAUGAACGCCGAUAUCUCUACGAGCGAAACUAUAUCAGCGACAAACGCUGAUUCUGAAGUGGAAAGUAAUAGUCUUCCGUCUUUCCAAGUUUCCCCAGAACUAUGGGGAUAUUUAUGUGGAUACAUAGCUGGUCUGGGGGGGCCAGUUGAUGUUCACACAUAUCAUAGCAUUUUCGGUGUUCCCAGCAGUCAUGGGCCAAACAUCAUCCGAAAGGAGCUUGAUCGGAUUGACUCAUGGAUCAAAGAGAACCAGCAAGAAGAUGUAAUGGUGUGUCGUAUUAUGGCUCUGGCUUUCACCACGGCAGUGUGCAAGGAAAUGUACCAAGGAGAUCAGCGAGGGCGAAGAUGGCCAAUCGAGUGCGACAUCACGCCAGGGGAACGCCACAACAUUGAUGAGACGAUCAGCUACGAGGAUGAAGUCAAACCCAAUUCCUUAGAAGCUGUCACCGACCUCAUAAUCCGUCAGGUCCAGAAAUUACGGAGAUAUGAACAAAAUCGUCGACCCGGAACACUUUCGGUGAACGAUUAUUUUACCAAAUCUUGCAAAGACCUUCACAAGUUUUCGGGGUGGACACCCAACGAGAAGCCUUUCAGAUUUUUAGAGUAUAUGGAGCAUAUUACGAAGCUCUGGGAGAAGGAUAAAAAUGACUUCAAGUAUCCAACCAAGCAGGUGCAGCAUUAUCUAGACGAUAUUCUUGUCUACCGCGCCACCUUGAUCUACAUGGUGAUUUCACAGGCUACAGACAACAGUCAUAUUCUCACCAAUCCUGAAAAUUACAAGCUAAUACCCGUGAUCUGA